AUGAAUCACAAGAAAACCAAAUCCAACUUUGCCAGUCAAGCGAGUUCAGCCACCGUCCGAUUAUACGAACGACUGGUCGAUGCACAAGUCAAGGUGGGUUUAUGUUGUUGUAGGUUUGAAGAAUGGGCUUAAUUUUGAAUAUUUAGUGUCAAAAAGUUUUUAAAAUACGAAUAAUAAUCUAAAAUUUAAUUUUUUAAAAAGAUUGGAGUAAUAAAAAAGUCGUGUCGUUUUUGACCGGGAAAACCCGUGAGAUUUGACGACAAGACUUUUAUGACAGUUUUAAUUGUAUUUUAUAACUAAACGUCGAGUUAAAAAAGGUAAAAACACUUGUUUCUAUUCACUUUUUGACCAGUAUUAUAUUCUUCAAAUCUUCUUGAAUCUCUAAAGUGACAUUACUUCAGAAGCCCUAUUCCCAACGUGCUAACACAAUCGACCGGUAUGGACAAGAUUGUACCGUAUCCAGUGAACGACAACAUUUAUCGUCUUCAGACACGUCUUGUGGGGUAAGUGGUACUAUUUUUAAGGUCAUGAACGUUGUAGUUUCAGUAUGAUAUUGGAUUUAAAAUUGUCAUAUAAGGUUGUUCAUAUAAUUCUGAGCCUUUCUCAAAGCAGAUUUUUGUUGUUAGAAGGCUCAGAAUUUUUUUGAACAAUUUAAAGGAUUAUGGGGCUCAGAAUUAAUUGAACAACCUAAAGGAUUAUGGGGGCACAUAAUUAGUUGAACAAUCUAAUAACGUUUAUUUUAUCAAAAACUUCAAAUUACAGUAUCCACGAGGCCAAUCAGACAGAAUACUGUAUCCAACUUCAAGAAAUCACAAAACUGAUGACAAAUCACGUCGAGCCAGAAGUAAUACAGCCAGAAAAACCUCACAAAUUGUUGUCAAAAGACCAGUCAGAUCGAAAAGUAGUGCAAUAUCUGCCAGUGAUGAUCAACAAGGUGCCGCUUUUACUGGUAAUUCUUUUUUAAAUUUUAUGCUUGAUAUAACUUUAUGUUCUGUCACACUUGAUGUUAAAUGGUCAUUACUUGACUUUAAAACAGUAAAAACUUAACAGAGCCUUAGGCAAACUAAAAAAAACAAAAAAUGAAGUCGAUUUCAGUGCUUUUUUCACUGAAAAUGACUUCAUCUCCCAGUUUAUGCCAUAUUUUUGUGAAAAUGACAUUUCAGAGCAACACAGCUCGAAUUGGGGGCAGAGUCUGAUACCGGUCGAGUGUACAGAUCGGGUGGUUUGUCUAAACGACCGGCAUUUCUUGGUCAGAGAGCUGAACUUGAUCAAUCCCAAUGAUGAUCUACAUGUAACUCAAGAGGAACUCUGCAAGUUGGUUGAGCAGAGCAAGAUGUUGACUAGGAAGUGAGAUUUCAUCUUCAAGUUUACUCUACCCCCAUCUUAUUCUAUUCUGCCUUACUUCACCUUACCCUACGCUAUUCUACCUUAUUUUACUUUACCUUACUCAACUUUACCCUACAUUACCCUACCUUACCUUACUUCACCUUACCCUACCUUGCCUAUAUCAUCAUAUCAUACUCUACUUUGCGCCACCCUACCCUGAACCAACAUACUUUACUCUACUUUCUUAUAACUUACGUUAUUGUAGGUACUGUACCUGCAAAGAGCCAUCAGAAGAGGAAGAAAAAUCAAUCUACGACUUCAGUCAGCCUUCAGAAGACCACCGUGCUCUUUCAGUAGUCUUGGAAGAUAAGAAUCAGAAGAAUGGACCAGAAAGAAGAGAGAAAGAUGACCAAGUUGAUGACAAUGUCCUCGGAGAUCGACUUGUUACUACUCCAGGAAAUGAUUCUAGUCCACAUGAUGAAGGUUGUCAGAACUGGUCGAAUCAUCGGGGUAACCAGCAGAAUCUUGAUGAUAUAGCCGAGGCAGCACGAGAGAUGAGGGCAGGAUCUUAUAGUAGGCAGAGAAGUGAUUGUGAAGAGAAUGGCAGAAGGAGAGGACAGCAAUGUCAGCCUUCUGAAUCCAGGUGGAAUCAAAGAAAAUUGGCUUCUGAAUUGAAAUACGGAUACAGCAGUUCAAAUUCUCAAUCUAGCAAAAGCUACGUGACUUUACCUUCAGAAUUCAGUAACAGCUACGUCACUCCGACUUCUGAAACCAGGUUAAGUCAAGGAACUUUGAUUUCUGAAUCCAGUCCUGGCUACACAAGUCAACCCUCUGAAUCUGGCCACAGUCAGCAGUAUCUGAUUUCAGAAGCCAGUCCAUAUCAAGUCAGUCUAAGAGGAAGCAAGUACGAUGGUCGUCGGAUUCUGAAUCUGCCUCCAGACGCCCUUUCACCCAACUCCAGAAGGACUCAGGAUCCAAAUGCUUCAUCCUCAACGACGGAAGUCUUCCAAGAACCCCCGCUUCAUGUAUCGAUGGCUUCGACGCCUCCGUCACCGUUCAGUAGCCAGCCGGUUCCAAUCUACAUAACUAGUACUCCGAUGGUACCGGCUCAGCCUAGAACUCCAGUCAAUUCCCCGAACGAGAGUGUCAAAAGAGAUCGUCAUAACAUGAGAAAUGGCACAAAAAUGGAUGGAAUCAACGGAAAGGGUAUGAAAAAGAAUGGCACUAGAGCUUAUGGAAGACAUGUUAAUCAUGGUGACAAAAGGGAUGACAAUAUGGUGGACAUUGAUCAGGCUUUGAUAACAAUGACAGAGAUAUCUCCAGAGAAGACUCAGAGAUCAGAUUCUCCGCCACUGGUCACGGCCAUCACCCUCAAGUCUCCAGAAGAUGACAUUUCCAUCGUCACGGUACGACGUCGAAGAGCCAGAAGGCAAGGCAUCUCUCCCAUUGCUACAAGUACCAAGAUACGACCAAACCAAGACUUGAGGGUACCAUCAGAGACUAGUUCGGUAUCAUAUGAAGGCGGCAUGGUACCAUUACAAGGCCACAUGGCACCACAAUUGCGCAUAGUACCAUUUCAAACCCAAUUGGUACCAUCUCGUAGCUCCAGUGUAGCAUCUCAAGACUCCAGAUCACCAGCUCCAAAAGAGAAACCGGCGUGGGCAGACAGUCCCUGCCGAAGCCACUCCUCCCCCACAAAAGAAAUGGUCGACGAGAUGAAGCAGUACAUGAACCAACGUGCCAAACUGUACCAGUCUGACGAGGAGAACAGUACCACUGAAACCACUAACUUGAGAAUGCAAGUCUGCAAAAGAACAACCGGUCGAAGCAUGACCAAUGUUUCGAGAGUGGCCACUAACACAACAUCGACUGGUCGAGGUUCAUCCACUAAUGCUAGAGCAAGUUCGACCAAUCAAGGUCCAGCUUCAAGAACAACAUUGACCGGUCGGAGUUCAUCUACUGUUGCAAGUUCGACUGGUCAGAGUCGAGCCAGUGACUCAAGAAGUUCAAAAUCAAUUCAAAAGUUCUCGGACAAAGGUCAUGUUGUUGGACGAGGACGACCAGUUAGUGGAGUGUGCUCGAACUGCAUCCUCAGCUGUUCCUGUGCCAAUCCCUUGACUGUUCCACAUUGUGGACGGAAACUUUUGGAGAAUGUCACCCUGACUCCACAGUUUAAUGUGGGUUUUUGAAAUUUAAUUUUUUUUUAUUAUUGAGCUUUUUAAAAAUCUUGUCGUCAAUUUAUAUUGUUUUGCACGUUAAAAAACGACAAGGCUUUUGAGGGCUUAAUAUAUAUUAGUUUACUCUAAGCUACCUUAUUUUCAGACAGAACUAACCCCGGACGGUGUCAUUCUGCACAUCAAAUACUCUGUCAGCGAACCGACUGGACUGGUCCGAGAUGUUCAUGCCAUUUUCGAUAUGCCUUUGUACAGAAUCCGUCGGAUCAUCGUCGAUGGAAUCGAAUACAUCAGCAGUAUCAACAUGUGA